AUGUUUUGGAAUCUACCAUGGGUGUACUGGGACGGACUACCGGAGGCAUUCUCGCAGCCAAUCUGCGGUCGAAUGGAACGAGCUAGUGCGCCGCAUGCGGCUCCUCAUCCAGACUUUCUUGAUCCUUCACGUCCACCUCCACAGGGAGCACUGACGGAAAUGAAAAUCCAUUCAAAGCCUCUGAAGGCCAAAGCCUCUGAAGGCCUGGCCCUUGGAUUAUAUAAGCUCUAA